GCGACAAUCGAAAUCAUUCGCGCCUUUCUGAAAUUUGCAUUUUGUACAGUCUAAACGGGAAUUCGUGUAAACUACGAAGUAAUAUAAACAAACAAAAACUAGUAGACUAUAGAAUAUUAACCGUUUCCUAUCAAUGGACACUUGUGAAGUAGAGGGAGACGCGGACACGCUGGUGAGACGCUUCUCCGUCAGCUGCGAGCAACUGGAUCUGGAAGAGAGAAUCCGGCAGGGCGCUCUGUCCACCUACCGUCGCUUGGAUGCCGUCAGCGGGCUGUCUACAAGCGAGGCAGAUGCCCAGGAGUGGCUGUGUUGCGCCGUCUACAGCGAACUGCAGCGCGUGAAGAUGCGCGAUAUUAGGGAGUCCAACAACGAGGCAAACGAUUCGGAGGAGCAAAACUUCUGCUGGAACAUGUCACUAACCAGUCUGCUGCGCAGCUUUAAAGUGAACAUGUCCCAGUUUCUACGCCGCAUGGAGCACUGGAAUUGGCUAACACAAAACGAGAACACUUUCCAGCUGGAGGUUGAGGAACUGCGUUGUCGACUUGGUAUCACUUUGACGCUGCUGCGGCAUUAUCAGCACAUCUUUCGGUGCCUGUUCGUUCAGCCCGGCAAGGAUGCGGACCCUGAUGCCACAUAUCAGUACCAAGCGCUGUAUGAGUUCGGUUGGUUGCUCUUCCUAGUCAUUCGCAACGAGUUACCCGGUUUUGCGACUACAAACCUGAUCAACGGCUGCCAAGUGCUCGUUUGCACAAUGGAUAUCCUUUUCGUGAACGCCUUAGAGCUGCCCCGAUCCGUAGUUAUCCGCCGGGAAUUCUCUGGAGUGCCCAAGAAAUGGGACACCGAAGACUUCAAUCCUGUCUUGCUAAAUAAAUAUAGCGUGCUAGAAGCACUGGGAGAACUGAUUCCCGAGCUACCAGCGAGGGGGGUGAUGCAAAUGAAGAACGCCUUUUUCCACAAAGCCUUAAUAAUGCUCUAUAUGGACCAAUGUUUACUUGGAGACGACACUCACAUGCGGGAGAUCAUUAAGGAGGGUAUGCUAGAUAUCAACCUUGCAAACUUAAAUCGCAAAUACACCAAUCAAAUAGCCGACAUUAGUGAGAUGGACGAGCGUGUGCUGCUUAGCGUCAAGGGGGCGAUAGAGACCAAAGAGGACUCUCCUAAAAGCCCACAGCUCGCCUUCCAAACUAGCUUGUCACCUUCGCAUAGGAAACUGUUCACCCAUGAUCUACCAAAAACUCUUCCCCUAAGCAUUAUAAAAGCUUUCCCAAAGAAGGAAGACGCAGAUAAAACUGUAAAUUAUUUGGAUGAAACUCUGGAAGAAAUGAAUCGGACUUUUACUAUGGCCGUAAAAGAUUUUUUGGAUGAUGAAUUGUCUAGAAAACGAUUCCGGCAGGCCAGAGGCCUUUGCUACAAAUAUUUGCAGAAAAUUUUGGGCCCGGAGAUGGUACAAAAACCCCAGCUGAAAAUUGGUCAGUUAAUAAAAAAGCGCAAGCUUACCGACGCCUUGUUAGCUUGCUGUCUGGAACUAGCACUUCACGUCCACCACAAACUAGUGGAAGGCUUAAAGUUUCCCUUUGUCCUGCACUGCUUUUCACUGGACGCCUACGACUUUCAAAAGAUUCUAGAGUUGGUGGUGCGCUGCGAUCAUGGUUUUCUGGGCAGAGAGCUGAUCAAGCAUCUGGAUGUGGUGGAGGAAAUGUGCCUGGACUCUUUGAUUUUCCGCAAGAGCUCACAGCUGUGGUGGGAGCUAAAGCAAAGAAUUCCAAGCUACAAGGAAGUCGAUGCAGAAACGGAAGGUAAGGAGAACUUUUCAACAGGCUUAAGCAUCUGCCUACGAAAGUUCUACGGAUUGGCCAACCGGCGGCUGCUCCUUCUGUGUAAGAGUCUUUGUCUCGUGGAUUCCUUUCCCCAGAUAUGGCAUCUGGCCGAGCACUCUUUUACCUUAGAGAGUGGCCGUCUGCUCCGCAAUCGCCACCUGGACCAACUGCUGUUGUGCGCCAUACAUCUUCAUGUUCGGCUCGAGAAGCUUCACCUCACAUUUAGCAUGAUUAUCCAGCACUAUCGCCGACAGCCGCACUCUCGGAGAAGCGCUUACCGAGAGGUUAUACUGGGCAAUGGCCAGACCGCGGAUAUUAUCACUUUCUACAACAGUGUGUAUGUCCAGAGUAUGGGCAACUAUGGUCGACACCUGGAGUGUGCGCAAGCAAUCAAGUCACUGCAAGAAUCACAGAGUAACGUUGGUAUUUUGACGGAGACAACUCCCAACGAAUUGAUCUUGAGAGCCAACAUCAGCAUAUCUUCGCCGCCCCCUCCCAGGAUAUGCCAAAGUGGCUCCUGCUCCAGUCAUUCACCUCCAUCUCCCGCCGCAUCACCACUUUCCUUGCAAAGCUCGCCCAACAUAAAGCGCGCUGCUUCCAGUAGCGAAUUGAGAGAGAUCAAGCGACCCAACAUCCUGCGGCGUCGCCAGCUUUCAGUGAUCUAAAAACCAAUCAAAAAAGGCUUAAAUACUUGGCUGCAUUUUACGCAGCUAGCUUAGUAUAUUUCUUAAGAUUUUUCUCAAACUCAAAAAUGGUAAUUAAA